AUGGUUAAAAGUAGCAUUGAUCCAUCCUUAUAUUUUGGCCAUAUAAUAAAUAUAAAAACAUCAAGUGGUGAUAAGUUUGAAGGAGAAUUAUAUUGCUAUGAUACAUGUUCAAAUUUUAUUAUAUUGAAGGAUGAUAAUAAAAAUGGUACAGCAAAUUUCUACAUAAUUAGGACAUAUACUAUUGUGGAUGUAGAAAUAAAAGAAAAGUUAAAAGUAUUAUAUGAAGUGUUACCAAAAAUUGAUAAAACUAUUGUUGAAAAAAUUGAAAAAAAAUCAAUAGAAAAUUUUGAAAAAAAAAAGUCAAGGAUUGGUAUUAGGGUUACACAUGAAGCUCAGGAGUUGUUUGACUUUAUAUGGAAAACGCAUCCAGACUGCACAUGGAGUAAUAGAGAUAUUCUAGUCCUAAAUGGUGAGGUCAGAAUUAAGCAUCCCUAUGGUCCCGAUGAUUGCACAGCAAAAAAUGAAAAAUUAAGAGAGCGUUUCAUCACAGUGGUAAUUAUAAAUAAAUAUCACGAUUUCGCCAAAAGAAAGCCAUGGCUAAUAAGUGAUAAAGAAAGUUAUAUGGAUCUCAAAUCAAAUGAUAAUAAAUUAAACCAACUUUUAACAUAG